AAACUUCUCAGCAACUUAAUUGAACUUGAACUAAACAUGAACAGUGGACAUGAACAAUAACUGGUUGCACUGUUUCAUUGAACUUCAAUACUUACUAGUUCCUCUUGAUCUUCUCUUCCCCAGUAUCAAGAACCCUUUAGCCCUAGUUACUUCUCACUGUCCUUGUAAUCAAUUUUACCUUCCAAUUUCUAUACUUGUCAACGAUGGGUCUUGGGUGGGAUCUAGUUUGAAUCUAAGGUUUGCAGGCAAGGGGGACCUUGAGCCAAGAAGGUGCAGGAGAAUAGAUGGGAAGAAAUGGAGGUGCUCCAGAGACAUGGCGUCAGACCAGAAGUACUACGAGCGUCACAUGCACCUUUGCCAUCCUCGUUCAAGAAAGCCUGUGGAACAUCCUAAGAAGAAGACUCGCCCUAGCCAUACUCAAGAUCUUCCUUUGUCUCCUUCCACAAUUGUUCUUCCUAAUUCUUGCAUCACCACUAGCCAUUCUUCGUCUCCUUUCCUUAUUAAUGUCUCACAGCCUUUUCAUCAGAAUCAGACAACAAAGUCUCUUGAUGAAUUGAAUCAGAAAGUUGCAACGUUUAGAUCCUUGGGCUUUGUUACAUCCUUCAAGGAACCAGGCAAAACAAAUGAAAGGGUUUCUUUGUCAUCACUUUCUCUCUUAAUAAGAGGCAACAACAUUGUUGAUAAUGAGAUGGGUCAUAUCCAUAUGGGCGUAGGAGUAAUUGACCCUAAUCAAAAUCAAGAAUAUGGUGCCAAAUCCCAUCUCUCAAAUUGGCUCCCUCCUGCUUCUUGGACGGCUCCCACACUAAGAAAACCACUUGCUGAGGCGCUAAGGCGAAGCAAGGUGAACCAUGCCGUGGCUGCGGCCGCCGCCAUCACCAUCGAAGCCAACUCUAAUCCAUAUGUUGGUGAAUUUAUGAGAAAUGGAAGGGACUUGGAUGAGAAGGGAGAUACACGGGAGUUUCCUCUUUGGUGAGGUGAAGACUCCAUUUUCUUAUUCAUGCUCUGUUAUUAAAUAGCAGAAAUAUCUCAAUACAUCAAUAGUAAUUUUCAUACUUAUUUAAUACAUUUAAUGCAAGAUUACAUUAAAAGACUUACUGCCACUUGUGCAGCUUCAUUUCCUGUCAUUUGCUGUCACUUGUGUAGCUUCAUGUGGUUGUACUUGCUGCUACUUUGUAGCCAUAUUUGCAUUUCAUUACAGCCUCAUUUCAUCAACAUUUGCAGCAUAGCUUGCUGCACUCUGUUGCAACCGUGUUUGGUGCAGCUUUUCCUUCAUUUCAUUUUGCUGCCUCUUGUGUAGCUUUGACACCAUAGCUCCAAGACUCCUCCUUGGUGUUAAAGCUAAGGAUAACAUGACAUUAACCAAGCAUUUGGAAUUUUCCAUUUGUGCACUUCUUUAUGUUUUGGUUUUGACUUUUUGUUGUUGCUAAAGCAUCUCCUUUAGUAGAUUAGCUCCUCCUUCAAUGUUGCAACAUCAUCUUUCUUGGAUUUGCUACUUUAACUCAUUUUUUGGAGCUUUGUUGAGCCAUUUUGCUGUCUCAUUGCAGCAAACAUCACAGCUUUGAUGCCAUUUUUCAGCUUUUCUAUGCUUGGUGUUGGUGAAACCUCCAUCAAAGCCACAUCCAUGAAGAGUUUUCUUGGGAAAACUCAAGACAUAACCAUAGCAAACAUAAAUGAUGGAUGGACAUAUCAUGAAAUGAAACUGAUUUUUUUUG